GAGAGGAUUUGCUGCCGAGGAGAUUGAUUUGAUAGAUUGAAGGUUUGCACAAGAGCUAGAGAAGCAAAAGAGAAAAUUCUGUACAAGCCAAUGGUGUUUGGGAAGAAAAAAAGUCCAUUUCUUUGAGUUUGUAGGUGUGACUACUACUCUGGGAAAAUGGCAGAUGAAGAAGAAUAUGAGGAGGUGGUGGAGUACUACACAGAAGAGACAAUCUAUGAAGAGGUGCCGGGGGAGACAAUAACGGAAGUCUAUGAAACUACUACUACGAGGACAUCUACUGACUAUGAGCCACCUGAAACUUCCAAGCCAGCACUGGCAUCUCCUGGGCCAGGAAAGCCGGCAGAGAGGAAGAAGGUUAUCCGGAAGAAAGUGGACUCUUCAAAGUUCAUGACCCCGUACAUUGCUCACAGUCAGAAAAUGCAGGACCUUUUUAGCACAAAUAAAUACAAGGAGAACUAUGAGAAAGCAAAAGGGCAGCCAACUGCCAUCACGACUGAUACUCCAGAACUUCGCAGGAUCAAGAAAGUGCAAGAUCAACUCAGUGAGGUUAAGUAUCGAAUGGAUGGCGAUGUUGCCAAAACUAUUUGUCACGUUGAUGAAAAAGCUAAGGACAUUGAACAUGCGAAGAAAGUGUCGCAGCAAGUCAGCAAGGUUUUAUACAAGCAGAACUGGGAAGACACCAAGGACAAGUACCUGCUUCCCCCUGAUGCCCCUGAGCUUGUUCAGGCCAUCAAGAACACAGCCAUGUUCAGUAAGAAACUGUACACUGAAGACUGGGAAGCUGACAAAGGUUUGUUUUACCCCUAUAACGAUAGCCCGGAGCUGAGGAGGGUCGCCCAAGCCCAGAAAGCACUCAGUGAUAUCGUCUACAAAAAAGGACUCGUUGAACAACAAACUCAAUUCACAUCUCUGGCAGAUCCUCCAGAUAUAGAAUUUGCCAAGAAAGUGACCAAUCAAGUGAGCAAGCAAAAAUAUAAGGAAGACUAUGAAAAUAAAGUCAAAGGCAAAUGGAGUGAGACGCCCUGCUUUGAAAUUGCAACUGCCAGAAUGAAUGCUGAUAACCUCAACUCAAGGAAAUACCAGGAAGACUUUGAGAAUCUGAAGGACCAGAUCUACUUCAUGCAGACGGAAACCCCAGAAUACAAAGUGAAUAAGCAAGCUGGUGUGGCAGCUAGCAAGGUAAAAUACAAAGAAGACUAUGAAAAGAAUAAAGGAAAAGCAGAUUAUAAUGUGCUUCCUGCCACGGAGAACCCAUUGCUCCGGCAGCUGAAAGCAGCAGGAAAUGUCCUGAGUGAUAAACUUUACAAGGAAAACUAUGAGAAGACCAAGGCAAAGAGCAUAAAUUACUGUGAGACUCCCAAAUUCCAGCUUGAUACAAUUCUGCAGAACUUCAGUAGUGAUGCAAAAUAUAGAGAUUCCUACUUAAAGAAUGUUUUGGGACAUUACGUCGGAACCUUUGAGGAUCCAUAUCAAACUCACUGCAUGAAAGUCACAGCUCAAAACAGCGAUAAAAACUACAAAGCAGAAUAUGAAGAGGACAGAGGCAAAUGCUUCUUCCCCCAGACGAUAACUCAAGAAUAUGAAGCAAUUAAGAAACUGGAUCAGUGUAAAGAUCAUGCGUACAAAGUCCAUCCAGAUAAAACAAAAUUCACUCAAGUUACUGACUCUCCUGUUAUGGUGCAAGCCCAAGUCAACUCCAAACAACUGAGUGACCUAAAUUACAAAGCAAAGCAUGAAAGCGAAAAGUUCAAGUGCCACAUACCCCCGGACACUCCUGCCCUCAUACAACACAAGGUCAACGCCUACAACCUGAGUGACAAUAUCUAUAAGCAAGACUGGGAGAAAACCAAAGCUAAAAAGUUUGACAUUAAAGUGGAUGCCAUUCCUUUGCUGGCAGCCAAAGCCAACAGCAGAAACACCAGUGAGGUGAUGUACAAGAAAGACUAUGAGAAAAACAAAGGGAAGAUGAUUGGAGCACUCAGCAUUAAUGAUGAUCCCAAAAUGCUGCACUCUUUGAAGACAGCCAAAAACCAGAGUGACAGAUUAUACAAAGAAAAUUAUGAGAAAACCAAGGCAAAGAGCAUGAAUUACUGUGAGACCCCCAAAUAUCAGCUGGACACUCUGCUGAAGGCCUUCAGUGAGGCUAAAUAUAAAGAUUCUUAUGUCCAGAAUGUCUUGGGGCAUUACAUAGGCAGCUUUGAGGACCCAUAUGAAAUGCAUUGCAUGAAAGUCUCAGCUCAAAACAGUGAUAAAAAUUACAAAGCAGAAUAUGAAGAAGAUAGAGGGAAAUGCUAUUUCCCUCAGACAAUAACGCAAGAAUAUGAAGCAAUCAAGAAGCUAGACCAGUGCAAAGAUCACACCUACAAAGUCCAUCCAGAUAAAACAAAAUUCACGGUUGUUACUGAUUCUCCUGUAUUACUGCAAGCCCAACUCAACACAAAACAGCUUAGUGACCUGAAUUAUAAAGCAAAACACGAAGGCGAGAAGUUCAAGUGUAAUGUACCAGCAGAUGCUCCAGAGUUUAUCCAACACAAAGUCAAUGCCUAUAACCUGAGUGAUAAUAUUUAUAAACAAGACUGGGAGAAGAGCAAGGCUAAGAAGUUCGACAUUAAAAUGGAUGCCAUACCUCUGCUGGCAGCCAAAGCCAACAGCAAGAACACUAGUGAUGUGAUGUACAAGAGAGACUAUGAGAAAAACAAAGGGAAAAUGAUCGGUGCGCUCAGUAUUAACGAUGAUCCCAAGAUGCUGCACUCUUUGAAGACGGCUAAAAACCAGAGCGACCGUGAAUAUCGUAAAGACUAUGAAAAGUCAAAAACCAUCUACACAGCACCUCUAGAUAUGCUGCAGGUCACUCAGGCUAAGAAGUGUCAGGCAAUGGUCAGUGACGUGGACUACAAGCACGUCUUACACAAUUACAGCUUCCCUCCCGAUAGCAUCAACGUGGACCUCGCCAAGAAGGCUUAUGCAUUGCAGAGCGAUGUUGAAUACAAAGCUGACUACAACAGUUGGAUGAAAGGCUGUGGCUGGGUGCCUUUUGGGUCCUUAGAAAUGGAAAAGGCAAAACGAGCUUCAGAGAUCCUUAAUGAGAAAAAAUAUCGCCAGCAUCCAGAUACUCUCAAGUUUACAUCCAUUGAAGACGCUCCUAUUACAGUACAGUCUAAGAUUAACCAGGCUCAGAGGAGUGAUAUUGUCUACAAAGCCAAAGGAGAGGAAAUGCUCCACAAAUACAGCCUGCCUGCCGACCUGCCCCAGUUCAUUCAGGCUAAAGUGAAUGCCUACAACAUCAGUGAGAAUAUGUACAAAGCUGACUUGAAAGACAUGAGCAAGAAGGGAUAUGAUCUGAGAACAGAUGCCAUUCCCAUCAAAGCUGCCAAAGCUGCCAGACAGGCAGCAAGUGACGUUCAGUACAAAAAGGAUUUUGAAAAAGCCAAAGGGAAAAUGGUUGGCUUCCAAAGUCUCCAAGAUGAUCCUAAACUGGUUCAUUACAUGAAUGUGGCCAAGUUACAGUCAGACCGAGAAUAUAAGAAAGACUAUGAGAAAACAAAGACGAAAUACAACACACCCCAUGAUAUGUUCAACGUGGUGGCAGCUAGGAAAGCUCAGGAUAUGGUCAGCAAUGCCAACUAUAAGCAUCAGCUCCACCAUUACACCUACCUGCCUGAUGCCAUGGACCUGGAGUUGUCUAAAAACAUGAUGCACAUACAGAGUGAUAAUGCCUAUAAGGAAGAUUACAACACCUGGAUGAAAGGCAUUGGCUGGAUACCUAUUGGCAGUCUUGACGUGGAAAAAGUCAAAAAAGCAGGCGAAGCCCUAAAUGAAAAGAAGUAUAGGCAACAUCCAGACACACUCAAAUUUACCAGCGUUGUGGACUCCCCAGUUAUGGUCCAAGCAAAGCAAAACACGCAGCAAGUCAGUGAUAUCUUAUACAAAGCUAAAGCAGAAGAUGUAAAACAUAAAUACACAAUGAGUCCCGAUCUUCCUGAAUUUGUCCAGGCCAAGUGCAAUGCUUACAAUAUAAGCGAUGUCUGUUAUAAACGGGACUGGCAUGACUUAAUAGCCAAGGGCAACAAAGUUCUGGGAGAUGCUAUUCCCAUUGCUGCAGCAAAAGCAUCCAGAAACAUCGCCAGUGAUUAUAAAUACAAGGAAGCUUAUGAGAAGUCUAAAGGAAAGCAUGUGGGUUUUAGAAGCCUCCAGGAUGAUCCUAAAUUGGUCCACUAUAUGAACGUGGCUAAGUUGCAGUCUGACCGUGAAUAUAAGAAGAACUAUGAGAACACCAAAACCAGCUACCAUACACCUGGAGACAUGGUUAGCAUUACAGCUGCAAAGAUGGCCCAGGAUGUUGCCACCAAUGUCAACUACAAACAACCGAUACAUCAUUACACAUACUUACCUGACGCCCUGAGUCUUGAGCAUACUCGGAAUGUGAACCAAAUUCAGAGUGAUAAUGCAUAUAAAGACGAGUAUAACAGCUUCUUCAAGGGCAUUGGAUGGAUUCCUAUUGGUUCUCUGGAGGUUGAGAAGGUCAAGAAAGCAGGCGAAGCAUUAAAUGAGAGGAAGUAUCGACAGCACCCAGAUACCAUCAAAUUCACAAGUGUGCCUGAUUCCAUGGGCAUGGUUUUGGCUCAGCAGAAUACAAAGCAGUUAAGUGAUUUGAACUAUAAGGUGGAGGGAGAGAAGUUGAAGCACAGGUACACGGUGGACCCUGACUUGCCGCAGUUUAUUCAAGCCAAAGUCAACGCUCUGAACAUGAGUGAUGCUCAUUAUAAAGCAGAUUGGAAGAAAACCCUUGCUAAGGGUUAUGAUUUGAGGACAGAUGCAAUUCCAAUUGUUGCUGCGAAGAGCUCAAGGAAUAUUGCUAGUGAUUUCAAAUACAAGGAAGCCCAUGAAAAAGCUAAAGGCAAGCAAAUUGGAUUUCUCAGUCUUCAGGAUGACCCCAAACUGGUUCAUUACAUGAAUGUUGCCAAAAUACAGUCAGAUCGUGAGUACAAAAAGGGUUACGAAGCCAGCAAGACCAGGUACCACUCACCAUUGGAUAUGUUCAGUGUGACAGCUGCAAAGAAAUCUCAGGAAGUGGCUACUAAUGCCAACUACAAACAACCCUUCCACAACUACACUCUCCUGCCUGAUGCCUUGAGCGUGGAACACAACAGGAAUGUGAUGCAGAUUCAAAGUGAUAAUCUGUACAAAGCAGACUUCACCAAUUGGAUGAGAGGGAUCGGCUGGGUCCCCAUAGAAUCCUUGGAGGUGGAGAAGGCCAAAAAAGCAGGAGAGAUUCUCAGUGAGAAGAAGUAUCGCCAGCACCCUGAGAAGCUGAAGUAUACAUACUCUAUGGAUACAAUGGAACAAGCACUUAACAAAAGUAACAAGCUGACUAUGGACAAGAGGCUCUACACUGAGAAAUGGAACAAAGACAAGACCUCCAUUCAUGUCAUGCCUGAUACUCCAGACAUUCUGCUGUCCAGAGUAAACCAAAUCACCAUGAGUGAUAAACUGUACAAAGCUGGCUGGGAAGAAGAAAAGAAAAAAGGUUAUGACCUGCGGCCAGAUGCCAUCCCAAUAAUGGCUGCAAAAGCCUCUAGGGACAUUGCCAGUGAUUACAAAUACAAGCAAGCUUAUGAACAAGCCAAAGGGAAGCACAUCGGCUUCCGAAGCCUAGAGGACGACCCCAAGUUGGUACACUUCAUGCAAGUGGCCAAGAUGCAGUCUGACAGGGAAUACAAGAAGGGCUAUGAGAAAUCCAAGACAUCCUUCCACACUCCUGUGGACAUGUUCAGUGUGGUGGCAGCCAAGAAAUCUCAGGAAGUAGCUACCAAUGCCAACUACAGGAACAUUAUUCAUACCUACAACAUGCUUCCUGAUUCCAUGAGCUUUGAAUUGGCCAAAAAUAUGAUGCAGAUUCAAAGCGACAAUCAAUACAAGGCUGAUUAUGCUGACUUCAUGAAGGGCAUUGGAUGGCUUCCCUUAGGGUCUCUGGAGGCUGAGAAAAAUAAGAAAGCCAUGGAGAUCAUUAGUGAAAAGAAGUACCGUCAACACCCAGACACUUUGAAGUAUUCCACACUGAUGGACUCAAUGAACAUGGUUUUGGCCCAGAAUAAUGCAAAAAUCAUGAAUGAACACCUCUACAAACAAGCAUGGGAGGCUGAUAAGACGAAAAUUCACAUCACAACUGAUCUCCCCCAGAUUAUUUUGGCAAAGGCAAAUGCAAUUAAUAUGAGUGAUAAACUCUACAAACUGUCUUUGGAAGAGGCUAAAAAGAAAGGUUACGAUCUCAGAACUGAUGCAAUUCCUAUCCAGGCUGCCAAGGCUUCAAGAGAUAUUGCAAGUGAUUAUAAAUACAAACACAACUAUGAAAAGCAGAGGGGGAAAAUGGUGGGCUUCCGGAGUCUUGAAGAUGACCCUAAACUAGUCCAUUCCAUGCAAGUGGCCAAGAUGCAAUCAGAUCGAGAGUACAAGAAAAACUACGAGAAGACAAAGACCAGUUACCACACCUCUCCAGACAUGCUCAGUGUGACAGCUGCCAAGGACGCCCAAGCCAACAUCACCAACACUAACUACAAGCGCCUCAUUCAUAAGUACAUCCUGCUUCCCGAUGCUAUGAACAUUGAACUGACCAGGAACAUGAACCAGAUACAGAGUGAUAACCAAUACAGACAGGACUACAACGAAUGGUACAAAGGACUUGGAUGGAGUCCCGCAGGCUCACUAGAAGUGGAGAAAGCCAAGAAAGCUACAGAAUAUGCCAGUGAUCAGAAGUACCGCCAGCACCCUAGCACCUUCCAGUUUAAGAAGCUGACUGACUCCAUGGACAUGGUUCUUGCCAAGCAGAAUGCACAUACCAUGAAUAAGCACUUAUACACUGUUGACUGGAACAAAGAUAAAACCAAAAUACACGUGACACCAGAUACGCCAGAUAUUUUACAAGCCAAGCAGAAUCAAACCCUGUAUAGUCAGAAACUCUAUAAACUUGGAUGGGAAGAAGCUUUGAAGAAGGGCUACGAUCUCCCACUGGAUGCGAUUUCUGUACAAUUGGCCAAAGCUUCGAGAGACAUUGCUAGUGAUUUUAAAUACAAGCAAGGCUACCGCAAGCAGCUUGGCCACCAUAUUGGAUUCCGAAGUCUGCAAGAUGACCCAAAGCUUGUGUUGUCCAUGAAUGUAGCCAAAAUGCAGAGCGACAGAGAAUACAAAAAGGACUUUGAGAAAUGGAAAACCAAGUACACCAGUCCAGUGGACAUGUUGGGAGUGGUGCUGGCCAAGAAGUGUCAAGCCCUGGUCAGUGAUGCUGAUUAUAGGAACUACCUGCACCAGUGGACGUGCCUGCCGGAUCAGAAUGAUGUUAUUCAAGCUAAGAAAGUUUAUGAACUGCAGAGUGAGAAUAUAUAUAAGGCUGAUCUUGAGUGGCUGAAAGGCAUAGGAUGGAGCCCCUUGGGUUCUCUGGAGGCAGAAAAGAACAAGAGGGCCUCAGAAAUAAUCAGCGACAAGAAAUACCGUCAGCCUGCAGACAAAAACAAGUUCACCAGCAUUCCUGAUGCAAUGGAUAUUGUUCUUGCAAAGACAAAUGCCAAAAAUAUAAGUGAUAGACUUUAUAGAGAAGCUUGGGACAAGGACAAGACUCAGAUCCACAUCAUGCCUGAUACACCCGAUAUCGUUCUGGCUAAAGCAAACUUAGUCAAUACAAGUGACAAACUCUACAAAUUGGGCUACGAGGAACUGAAGAAAAAAGGUUAUGAUCUUCCCCUUGAUGCUUUAUCCAUCAAAGCAGCAAAAGCAUCCCGAGAAAUUGCCAGUGAAUACAAAUACAAGGAAGGCUUUCGCAAACAACUUGGUCAUCACAUUGGGGCCCGAGACAUUAAGGAUGACCCCAAGAUGAUGUGGUCCAUGCAUGUGGCCAAGAUCCAGAGUGACAGGGAGUACAAGAAGGACUUUGAGAAGUGGAAGACCAAGUACACCAGCCCCGUGGACAUGCUGGGGGUGGUGCUGGCCAAGAAGUGCCAGACCUUGGUCAGUGACGCAGACUACAGGAACUACCUGCACCAGUGGACGUGCCUGCCUGACCAGAAUGAUGUCAUCCAUGCUCGACAGGCCUAUGACCUCCAGAGCGAUAAUGUGUACAAGGCUGACCUUCAGUGGCUAAAAGGCAUUGGUUGGUUACCCACUGGUUCUCUUGAGGCUGAGAAGAAUAAGAGGGCCACAGAGAUUUUGAGUGACCAUGUUUACCGUCAGCACCCCAAUAAAUUCAAGUUUUCCAGCCUUAUGAACUCCAUCCCAAUGGUUUUGGCAAAAAGCAAUGCUAUUACCAUGAACCAUCGCCUCUAUACAGAAGCUUGGGAUAAAGAUAAAACCUCUAUUCACAUCAUGCCAGACACCCCUGAAGUUUUACUCGCUAAACAAAACAAGAUAAAUUACAGUGAGAAACUCUACAAACUUGGGUUAGAAGAAGCCAGGAAGAAAGGUUAUGACAUGCGGUUAGAUGCCAUUCCCAUCAGAGCUGCCAAAGCCUCGAGGGACAUAGCGAGUGAAUUCAAGUACAAAGAAGGCUAUCGUAAGCAGCUCGGCCACCAUAUUGGAGCCCGAGCGAUACAUGAUGAUCCCAAGAUGAUGUGGUCCAUGCAUGUGGCCAAGAUCCAGAGUGACAGGGAGUACAAGAAGGACUUUGAGAAGUGGAAGACCAAGUACACCAGCCCCGUGGACAUGCUGGGGGUGGUGCUGGCCAAGAAGUGCCAGACCUUGGUCAGUGACGCAGACUACAGGAACUACCUGCACCAGUGGACGUGCCUGCCUGACCAGAAUGAUGUCAUCCAUGCUCGACAGGCCUAUGACCUCCAGAGUGAUAACAUGUACAAGGCAGAUCUCCAGUGGAUGAGAGGCAUCGGCUGGGUUCCUAUUGGCUCUCUGGAUGUGGAAAAAUGCAAACGGGCAACUGAAAUUUUGAGUGAUAAAAUUUAUCGCCAGCCUCCAGACAAGUUCAAAUUUACUAGUGUGACUGAUUCCCUGGAACAAGUGUUGGCCAAGAAUAAUGCCAUUACCAUGAAUAAGCGCUUAUACACAGAAGCCUGGGACAAAGACAAGACCCAGAUCCACAUCAUGCCGGAUACCCCGGAAAUCAUGUUGGCAAGAAUGAACAAAAUCAACUACAGCGAGAGCCUGUAUAAACUCGCCAAUGAAGAGGCAAAGAAGAAAGGUUAUGACCUGAGAAGCGAUGCCAUUCCCAUUGUGGCUGCGAAGGCUUCCCGGGACAUUGCCAGUGAUUACAAAUACAAAGAUGGUUACCGCAAGCAACUUGGCCAUCACAUCGGUGCCCGCGACAUUAAGGAUGACCCCAAGAUGAUGUGGUCCUUGCAUGUGGCCAAGAUCCAGAGUGACAGGGAGUACAAGAAGGACUUUGAGAAGUGGAAGACCAAGUACACCAGCCCCGUGGACAUGCUGGGGGUGGUGCUGGCCAAGAAGUGCCAGACCUUGGUCAGUGAUACAGACUACAGGAACUACAUACACCAGUGGACGUGCCUGCCUGACCAGAAUGAUGUCAUCCAUGCUCGACAGGCCUAUGACCUCCAGAGCGAUAAUGUUUAUAAAGCAGAUCUCCAGUGGAUGAGAGGCAUUGGAUGGGUUCCCAUUGGGUCUCUGGAUGUGGAAAAAUGCAAGAGAGCUACAGAGAUUCUGAGUGACAACAUCUACCGCCAGCCUCCAGACAAGCUGAAGUUUACCAGUGUGACAGAUUCCCUGGAACAGGUGUUGGCCAAGAACAAUGCCAUCACCAUGAACAAGCGUUUAUAUACAGAAGCAUGGGACAAAGACAAGACUCAAAUUCACAUCAUGCCUGAUACUCCAGAGAUCAUGUUGGCACGACAGAACAAACUCAACUACAGUGAGAGUCUGUAUAAACUUGCUAACGAAGAAGCAAAGAAGAAAGGCUACGAUCUGCGAGUCGAUGCCAUUCCCAUCGUGGCUGCCAAGGCAUCCCGGGACAUCGCCAGUGACUACAAAUACAAAGAUGGUUACCGCAAGCAACUUGGCCAUCACAUCGGUGCCCGCGACAUUAAGGAUGACCCCAAGAUGAUGUGGUCCUUGCAUGUGGCCAAGAUCCAGAGUGACAGGGAGUACAAGAAGGACUUUGAGAAGUGGAAGACCAAGUACACCAGCCCCGUGGACAUGCUGGGGGUGGUGCUGGCCAAGAAGUGCCAGACCUUGGUCAGUGAUACAGACUACAGGAACUACAUACACCAGUGGACGUGCCUGCCUGACCAGAAUGAUGUCAUCCAUGCUCGACAGGCCUAUGACCUCCAGAGCGAUAAUGUUUAUAAAGCAGAUCUCCAGUGGAUGAGAGGCAUUGGCUGGGUCCCCAUUGGUUCUCUCGAGGUAGAAAAAUGCAAGAGAGCUACAGAGAUACUGAGUGACAACAUCUACCGCCAGCCUCCAGACAAGCUGAAAUUUACCAGUGUGACAGAUUCUCUGGAACAAGUGUUGGCUAAGAACAAUGCCAUCACAAUGAACAAGCGCUUAUAUACUGAAGCAUGGAACAAAGACAAGACCCAAAUCCAUAUCAUGCCUGAUACACCUGAAAUUAUGUUGGCAAGACAAAAUAAAAUAAAUUAUAGUGAGAGCCUCUAUCGGCAGGCCAUGGAAGAAGCCAAGAAAGAAGGCUAUGACCUGAGGAGUGACGCCAUUCCCAUUGUAGCUGCCAAGGCCUCCCGGGAUAUUGCCAGUGAUUACAAAUACAAAGAAGCUUAUCGGAAGCAGUUGGGGCACCAUAUUGGUGCCCGGGCAAUCCAUGAUGACCCAAAGAUGAUGUGGUCCCUUCAUAUUGCUAAAGUGCAGAGUGAUCGUGAGUAUAAGAAAGAAUUUGAGAAAUACAAGACCAGAUACAGCAGUCCAGUGGACAUGCUUGGUAUUGUUUUGGCCAAGAAAUGUCAGACCUUGGUUAGUGAUGUGGACUAUAAACAUCCUCUUCAUGAGUGGACCUGCCUGCCUGACCAGAAUGACAUCAUCCAAGCUCGGAAAGCUUAUGAACUCCAGAGUGAUAAUGUAUAUAAGGCAGACUUGGAAUGGAUGAAGGGUAUUGGCUGGGUUCCGAUUGGCUCCUUGGAAGUUGUUAAAGCCAAGAGGGCCACAGAGAUACUGAGUGACAACAUCUACCGUCAACGUCCAGACACACUGAAGUUUACCAGCAUAACAGACUCUCUGGAGCAGGUUCUGGCAAAGAACAAUGCGAUUACCAUGAAUAAACGCUUAUAUACUGAAGCCUGGGAUAAUGAUAAGAAAACUAUCCAUGUCAUGCCUGAUACACCAGAAAUCAUGCUGGCCAAACUCAACAGAAUCAACUACAGUGAUAAACUCUAUAAACUUGCUUUGGAGGAGUCCAAGAAAGAAGGCUAUGAUUUGCGUCUGGAUGCCAUUCCAAUCCAGGCAGCCAAAGCUUCAAGAGAUAUUGCUAGUGAUUACAAGUACAAGGAAGGCUACCGCAAGCAGGUUGGCCAUCACAUCGGUGCCCGGGACAUUAAGGAUGACCCCAAGAUAAUGUGGUCCUUGCAUGCUGCCAAGAUCCAGAGUGAUAGGGAGUACAAGAAGGACUUUGAGAAGUGGAAGACCAAGUACACCAGCCCCGUGGACAUGCUGGGCGUGGUGCUGGCCAAGAAGUGCCAGAUCCUUGUAAGCGACAUAGACUACAAGCAUCCCCUCCAUGAAUGGACCUGUCUGCCCGAUCAGAAUGAUGUCAUCCAGGCUAGGAAGGCCUAUGACCUUCAGAGUGAUGCAAUUUACAAGUCUGAUCUUGAGUGGUUAAAAGGCAUUGGAUGGGUUCCCAUCGGCUCUGUAGAGGUUGAGAAGGCAAAGAGAGCGGGAGAAAUCCUGAGUGACAGGAAGUACCGCCAGCCUGCAAACCAGCUCAAGUUCACGUGCAUUACAGACACUCCGGAGAUUGUUUUGGCAAAGAGUAAUGCCCUGACAAUGAGCAAGCAUUUAUACACAGAAGCUUGGGAUGCUGACAAGACUUCCAUCCAUGUUAUGCCCGACACCCCAGAAAUCCUGCUGGCCAAGAGCAAUUCUGCUAAUAUCAGCCAAAAACUGUACACCAAGGGAUGGGAUGAAGCAAAGAUGAAGGAAUAUGACCUGAGAGCUGAUGCUAUUUCCAUCAAGAGUGCCAAGGCCUCUAGAGACAUCGCCAGUGAUUACAAAUAUAAAGAAGCAUAUGAGAAACAGAAAGGCCACCACAUUGGGGCCCAGAGCAUUGAAGAUGACCCCAGGAUUAUGUGUGCCAUACACGCAGGGAAAAUUCAAAGUGAACGGGAAUACAAAAAAGAUUUUCAGAAGUGGAAGACCAAGUACACCAGCCCAGUGGAUAUGCUGGGCAUCCUGCUGGCAAAGAAAUGUCAGACUCUGGUCAGUGAUGUGGAUUAUCGAAAUAUCCUGCAUCAGUGGACAUGCUUACCUGAUCAAAAUGAUGUUAUCCAAGCAAGGAAGGCCUACGAUCUUCAGAGUGAUAGUGUGUAUAAAGCAGAUCUGGAAUGGCUGCGAGGCAUUGGCUGGAUGCCAGAAGGCUCUGUGGAAAUGGUUCGGGUAAAGGGUGCGCAAGACCUAGUGAAUGAAAAACUCUACAGAACAAAACCACAGGCCUUGAAAUUUACUUGCAUUGUUGACACUCCAGAAGUUGUCCUGGCAAAAGCCAAUUCUCUGCAAAUAAGUGAGAAACUGUAUCAAGAAGCCUGGAACAAAGAUAAAACCAAUAUCAACAUUCCUUCCGACACACCAGUCAUGUUGCAGGCCCAGAUCAAUGCCAUGCAAAUCAGUGAUAAACUCUACCAGAAAGACUGGAAUGAGGCCAAACAGAAAGGCUACGACAUAAGAGCAGAUGCCAUUGAAAUCAAGCAUGCCAAAGCCUCCAGAGAAAUCGCCAGUGAGUACAAAUACAAAGAAGGUUACCGUAAGCAACUGGGCCACCAUGUGGGUUUCCGCAGCCUACAGGAUGACCCCAAACUGGUGUGGUCUAUACAUGCUGCCAAGAUCCAGAGUGACCGGGAAUACAAGAAAGCUUACGAGAAGUCCAAAGGAAUUUACAAUACACCACUGGACAUGAUGUCAAUAGUUCAGGCCAAGAAAUGCCAGAUCUUGGUUAGUGACGCUGAUUAUCGUAAUUAUCUGCACCAGUGGACAUGUCUGCCAGAUCAGAAUGACGUGAUCCAGGCCAAGAAAGCCUAUGAGCUGCAGAGUGAUAAUGUGUACAAAUCAGAUCUGGAAUGGAUGAAGGGUAUUGGAUGGUUGACAGAAGGUUCUGUGGAAGUGAUGAGAGUGAAGAAUGCUCAGAAUCUCCUGAAUGAAAGGCUGUAUCGUAUUGGACCCGAGGCCUACAAAUUCACCAGCAUUGUCGAUACGCCUGAAGUUGUCUUAGCAAAGACCAAUGCUCUACAAAUCAGUGAGCCUUUGUAUCGUGAUGCCUGGGACAAGGAGAAGGCAAAUGUGAAUGUACCAGCCGACACCCCAGUGAUGCUGCAGUCCAAGCUCAAUGCCCUACAGAUCAGCAAUAAACACUACCAGCAAGCCUGGGAAGACAUGAAGAUGACCGGUUAUGACCUGCGAGCAGAUGCCAUUGGGUUCCAGCAUGCCAAGGCGUCUAGAGAUAUCGCCAGCGAUUAUAUGUACAAAACUGCUUAUGAGAAACAGAAAGGACAUUAUAUUGGAUGCCCUAGUGCCAAGGAAGACCCUAAGCUUGUUUGGGCAGCAAAUGUAUUGAAGAUGCAGAAUGACAGACUAUAUAAAAAGGCCUACAAUGACAAUAAGGCCAAGAUCUCCAUCCCACAAGACAUGGUGUCCAUCAACGCUGCCAAAGAAGGCCAGGCAUUGGCCAGCAAUGUGGACUAUCGCCAGUACCUGCACCAGUGGUCCUGCUUACCUGACCAGAAUGAUGUGAUUCAGGCCAGGAAAGCCUAUGACCUGCAGAGUGAUGCUAUCUACAAGGCUGACUUGGAGUGGUUGCGUGGCAUUGGCUGGAUGCCUGAGGGUUCUCCCGAGGUCCUGAGAGUGAAAAACGCACAAGAAAUCUUCCGAGACAGUGUCUACCGGACCCCUGUGGUGAACCUCAAGUACACCAGCAUCGUGGAUACACCGGAAGUGGUUCUUGCCAAAUCAAAUGCUGAAAACAUUAGCAUUCCAAAGUACAGAGAACUUUGGGACAAGGAUAAAACUUCAAUCCACAUCAUGCCAGACACUCCAGAAAUUAAUCUCGCUAGAGCUAAUGCUCUUAAUGUGAGCAAUAAAGUUUACCGAGAAGGUUGGGAUGAAAUGAAGAUGAGUUGUGAUGUCCGGCUGGACGCCAUCCCCUUCCAGGCUGCCAAGGCCUCCAGGGAGAUAGCCAGUGAUUAUAAAUACAAACUGGACCACGAGAAGCAAAAGGGACACUAUGUGGGCACCCUCACAGCCAGAGAUGACAACAGGAUCCGGUGGGCCCUCUUAGCUGACAAGAUUCAGAAUGAGAGAGAGUACCGGCUGCAGUGGGCCAAAUGGAAGACCAAGUUCCAGAGCCCUGUGGAUAUGCUGUCCAUCUUGCAUUCUAAAAAAUGCCAGACCCUGGUCAGUGAUGUUGAUUAUCGCAAUUACCUGCACCAGUGGACCUGCAUGCCUGACCAGAACGAUGUGAUCCAGGCCAAGAAGGCCUAUGAACUGCAGAGUGAUGCUGUGUACAAGGCUGACUUGGAGUGGUUACGUGGGAUUGGGUGGAUACCAAAUGAUUCCGUUUCCGUCAACCAUGCCAAACAUGCUGCUGAUAUCUUCAGUGAGCAAAAAUAUCGCACAAAAAUAGAAACACUAAACUUUACUCCAGUGGAUGACAGAGUUGAUUAUGUGACAGCGAAACAAAGUGGCGAGAUCCUAAAUGAUAUUAAAUACCGCAAAAACUGGAAUGACACCAAGUCUAAGUACACCCUCACAGAAACCCCACUGCUACACACUGCCCAGGAGGCAGCCCGGAUUCUGGACCAGUACCGCUACAAGGAAGGCUGGGAGAAACAAAAAGCCACGGGUUACAUUUUGCCUCCUGAUGCAGUUCCAUUUGUUCACGCCCAUCACUCUGCUGAUGUUCAGAGCGAGCUAAAAUACAAAGCUGAACACGUAAAGCAAAGAGGUCACUAUGUCGGUGUUCCGAAGAUGAGAGAUGAUCCUAAGCUGGUUUGGUUUGAGCACGCAGGGCAGAUUCAGAAUGAUAGGCUCUACAAAGAAGACUACCAUAAAACAAAGACAAAAAUCAACAUCCCUGCUGAUAUGGUAUCAGUACUGGCAGCCAAGCAGGGACAGACUCUUGUCAGUGAUGUUGAUUACCGCAAUUACAUUCAUCAAUGGACAUGUCAUCCUGACCAAAAUGAUGUUAUUCAGGCGAGAAAGGCUUAUGACCUCCAGAGUGAUAAUGUCUACAAAGCUGACCUGGAGUGGCUCCGAGGCAUUGGCUGGAUCCCCUUGGAUUCUGUGGACUAUGUGAGGGUUACUAAGAACCAGGAAAUGGUCAAUCAGAUAAAAUAUAAGAAAGAUGCUCUUGACAACUAUCCUAACUUUACAAGUGUGGUAGAUCCUCCAGAAAUUGUAUUGGCCAAGAUGAACUCAGUCAAUCAGAGUGAUGUAAAAUAUAAAGAAACAUUCAAUAAAGAAUUAAAGGGAAAGUAUAUAUUUUCUCCUGAUACACCACAUAUCACCCACUCCAAAGACAUGGGGAAGCUCUACAGUACCAUACUGUAUAAAGGGGCAUGGGAGGGAAACAAGGCUUAUGGUUACACCUUGGAUGAACGCUAUAUUCCCAUUGUUGGAGCUAAACAUGCUGACUAUGUGAACAGUGAGCUGAAAUAUAAGGAGACCUAUGAGAAGCAGAAGGGUCACUACCUGGCUGGAAAAGAAAUCAGUGAGUUUCCUGGUGUGGUCCACUCUCUGGAUUUCCAAAAGAUGAGGAGUGCGUUAAACUACAGAAAAGAUUAUGAGGACACCAAAGCAAAUGUUCAUAUCCCCAAUGACAUGAUGAAUCACGUGCUAGCUAAAAAGUGCCAGUACAUCCUCAGUGACCUGGAGUACCGUCACUACUUCCAUCAGUGGACAUCUCUCCCGGAAGAACCCAACGUUAUCCGGGCCCGCAAUGCACAGGAGAUCUUGAGCGAUAAUGUAUAUAAAGAUGACUUGAAUUGGUUGAAAGGUAUUGGAUGCUACGUUUGGGAUACACCCCAGAUUCUCCAUGCCAAGAAGUCAUACGACCUACAGAGUCAGAUACAAUAUACAGCAGCCAGCAAAGAAAAUCUACCUAAUUACAAUCUGGUAACAGACACCCCAGUGUAUGUGACUGCUCAUCAGAGUGGCAUUAAUGCCAGUGAGGUAAAAUAUAAAGAAAACUAUCAUCGGAUUAAGGACAAAUACACCACAAUUGUAGACACAGUGGAUCAUGACAGAACCAAGAGCCUGAAGGAUCUUUAUAGCAGUAACCUGUACAAGGAAGCGUGGGAUAAGGUGAAAGCCACCAGCUAUGUCCUGCCUCCCACUACGGUCUCCCUGACCCAUGCCAAGAACCAGAAGGAUCUAUCCAGCAUUAACAAAUAUCGGGAAGAAUACGAGAAGUUCAAAGCUCUUUAUACUUUACCAAAAAGUGUUGAAGAUGACCCAAAUACAGCACGAUGCCUUCGAGUCGGCAAAUAUAACAUUGAUCGCCUGUACAGGUCAGUGUAUGAACAGAACAAGAUGAAAAUCCACAUGGUGCCUGACAUGGUGGAGAUGGUCACUGCUAAGGAUACUCAGAAGAAAGUCAGUGAGGUUGAUUACCGCCUACACCUCCAUGAGUGGAUUUGCCACCCUGACUUGCAAAUCAAUGAUCAUGUCAGGAGAGUCACAGAUCAGAUCAGUGAUAUUGUGUACAAGGACGACCUCAACUGGCUCAAAGGCAUUGGUUGCUACGUGUGGGACACUCCUGAAAUUCUCCAUGCAAAGCAUGCUUAUGAUCUGCGUAAUGAUAUCAAGUACAAAGCUCAUGUUCAGAAGACAAGGAAUGACUACAACCUGGUCACCGACACCCCACUGUAUGUGCAGGCUGUCAAAAGCGGAAAGCAAUUCAGUGAUGCUGUCUACCACUAUGACUAUGUGAACAGUGUCAGAGGCAAAGUGGCUCCAACGACGAAAACUGUGGAUCUAGACCGGGCUCUUCACGCAUACAAGCUGCAGAGUGAGAAUCUGUACCGAGGAGCUGGCCUGCGCUCCCUGCCCACUGGAUAUAGACUUCCUGUUGACACCCCUCAUUUCAAACAUAUCCAGGAUACCCGAUACAUGAGCAGUUAUUUCAAGUACAAAGAAGCUUAUGAACACAUCAAGGCAAAUGGAUAUACACUUGGACCCAAUGAUGUUCCAUUUGUCAAUGUCCGAAGGGUCAACAAUGUGACCAGCGAGAGACUGUAUCGACAAUUAUAUCACAAACUGAAAGACAAGAUUCAUACCACCCCCGACACUCCUGAAAUCCGCCAAGUCAAGAAGACACAAGAGGCUGUCAGUGAGCUGAUCUACAAAUCAGACUUCUUCAAGAUGCAAGGCCACAUGAUCUCACUGCCAUACACACCACAUGUGCUCCAUUGUCGCUAUGUGGGAGACAUCACCAGUGACAUUAAGUACAAAGAGGACUUGCAGAUCCUGAAGGGACUGGGGUGCCUCCUGUAUGAUACGCCUGACAUGGUCCGCUCCCGGCAUCUGCGCAAGCUCUGGUCUAAUUACCUGUACACUGAUAAUGCAAGGAAGAUGCGUGACAAAUAUCAAGUGGUCCUUGACACACCAGAGUAUAGGAAAGUGCAGGAGCUGAAGACACACCUGAGUGAGCUGGUGUACAGAGCUACGGGCAAGAAGCUGAAGUCCAUCUUCACUUCAGUUCCUGAUACACCUGAUCUUCUAAGAGCCAAGCGAGGGCAGAAGCUACAGAGUCAGUAUCUUUAUGUUGAACUCGCCACCAAAGAGAGACCUCAUCAUCAUGCUGGAAACCAGACCACAGCUCUGAAGCAUGCAAAAGAUGUUAAGGACUUGGUCAGCGAGAAAAAAUACAAGACCCAGUAUGAACUGAUGAAGGACAAGUACACACCAGUUCCAGAUACGCCAAUUCUCAUUCGAGCCAAGAAGGCUUACUGGAAUGCCAGUGAUCUACGCUACAAAGAAACGUUUCAAAAGACCAAAGGGAAAUACCACACUGUGAAGGAUGCUUUGGACAUUGUUUACCAUCGCAAAGUCACAGAUGACAUCAGCAAAGUGAAAUACAAGGAGAACUACAUGAGUCAGUUGGGGAUCUGGAGGUCCAUUCCCGAUCGCCCAGAGCACUUCCAUCAUCGGGCAGUUACUGAUGCAGUCAGCGAUGUAAAAUAUAAAGAAGAUUUGACCUGGCUUAAAGGCAUUGGUUGCUAUGCUUAUGAUACCCCUGACUUCACUCUGGCUGAAAAGAACAAGACACUGUAUAGCAAGUAUAAGUAUAAAGAGGUAUUUGAAAGGACAAAGUCAGACUUCAAGUACGUUGCUGAUUGUCCAAUCAAUAAGCAUUUCAAGUAUGCGACUCAAUUGAUGAAUGAGAAAAAAUACAGAGCUGAUUAUGAACAGCGGAAAGAUAAAUACCACCUGGUAGUGGAUGAGCCUAGACAUCUGCUGGCUAAGACGGCAGGCGACCAGAUCAGUCAGAUCAUAUACAGGAAAAAUUAUGAAAAAACAAAGGACAAAUUCACCUCAAUUGUGGACACACCAGAGCACCUGCGUACUACAAAAGUCAACAAGCAAAUCAGUGAUAUACUUUACAAGUUGGAGUACAACAAGGCCAAACCCAGAGGCUAUACCACCAUCCAUGACACGCCCAUGUUGCUGCAUGUCCGCAAGGUCAAAGAUGAAGUCAGUGAUCUAAAAUACAAAGAGGUUUAUGAAAGAAAUAAGUCCAACUGCACCAUUGAGCCAGAUGCUGUUCAUAUCAAAGCUGCCAAGGAUGCCUACAAAGUCAACACCAAUCUGGACUACAAGAAGCAAUACGAAGCCAACAAAGCCUUCUGGAAGUGGAUCCCUGACCGGCCGGACUUCAUCCAGGCUGCCAAGUCCUCCCUGCAGCAAAGCGAUUAUGAGUAUAAGCUGGACCGAGAGUUCCUCAAGGGUUGCAAGCUUUCUGUCACGGAUGAUAAAGACACAGUGCUGGCGCUGAGGAAUUCGCUGAUAGAAAGUGACUUGAAAUACAAAGAGAAACAUGUCAAAGAGCGAGGAACCUGCCACGCUGUGCCUGAUACCCCUCAGAUCCUUCUGGCCAAAACCGUCAGCAAUCUGGUGUCCGAGAACAAGUACAAGAACCAUGCCAAGAAGCACUUGUCCCAGGGCUCCUACACGACACUGCCAGAGACCCGGGACACAAUCCACGUCAAGGAAGUGACCAAGCAUGUCAGUGAUACGAAUUACAAAAAGAAGUUUGUCAAGGAGAAAGGGAAGUCCAACUACUCCAUCAUGCUGGAGCCCCCAGAUGUGAAGCAUGCCAUGGAAGUGGCCAAGAAGCAGAGUGAUGUGGCUUACAAGAGAGAUGCCAAGGAAAACCUGCAUUACACCACCGUGGCUGAUCGGCCAGACAUCAAGAAGGCCACACAGGCAGCCAAGCAGGCCAGUGAGGUGGAAUACAGAGCCAAGCAUCGCAAGGAAGGCAGCCACGGACUGAGCAUGCUUGGUCGCCCUGACAUUGAAAUGGCCAAGAAAGCAGCCAAGCUGAGCAGCCAGGUGAAAUACCGAGAAAAUUUCAACAAAGAGAAGGGCAAGACAACAAAAUACAAUCCAAAAGACAGCCAACUCUACAAAGUCAUGAAAGAUGCUAAUAAUCUCGCAAGUGAGGUUAAAUAUAAGGCUGACCUAAAGAAACUUCACAAACCUGUGACAGAUAUGAAGGAAUCUCUGAUCAUGAAUCAUGUCCUGAAUACGAGCCAACUUGCCAGCUCUUACCAGUACAAGAAGAAGUAUGAGAAGAGCAAAGGCCAUUACCACACAAUACCUGAUAACCUGGAGCAGCUUCAUCUGAAAGAGGCCACGGAAUUACAGAGCAUAGUUAAGUACAAGGAGAAGUAUGAAAAGGAACGAGGAAAGCCCAUGUUGGACUUUGAAACUCCAACAUACCUCACUGCCAAAGAGUCCCAGCAGAUGCAAAGUGGGAAAGAAUAUCGAAAGGACUAUGAAGAGUCCAUUAAAGGCAGGAACCUGACUGGUCUGGAGGUCACACCAGCUUUGUUACAUGUCAAAUAUGCCACCAAAAUAGCCAGCGAGAAAGAAUACAGGAAGGAUCUAGAGGAAAGCAUUCGUGGGAAGGGGCUCACAGAGAUGGAAGAUACUCCCGACAUGCUAAGAGCAAAGAACGCCACGCAGAUCCUCAAUGAGAAAGAAUAUAAGAAAGACUUAGAGCUGGAAGUCAAAGGAAGAGGUCUGAAUGCCAUGGCCAAUGAAACUCCCGACUUUAUGAGGGCCCGGAAUGCUACUGAUAUUGCCAGUCAGAUUAAAUAUAAGCAGUCAGCAGAAAUGGAAAAAGCCAAUUUCACUUCUGUAGUUGAUACUCCAGAGAUUAUCCAUGCCCAACAAGUCAAGAACCUUUCAAGUCAGAAAAAGUACAAGGAAGAUGCAGAAAAGUCCAUGUCCUGUUAUGAAACCGUUCUGGACACUCCAGAGAUGCAGAGAGUUCGGGAGAAUCAAAAGAACUUCAGCCUUCUGCAAUACCAGUGUGACCUUAAAAACAGUAAAGGGAAAAUUACAGUUGUCCAAGACACUCCAGAAAUACUGCGUGUUAAAGAAAAUCAAAAGAAUUUCAGCUCGGUCUUAUACAAGGAGGAUGUCUCACCAGGAACGGCGAUUGGGAAGACACCAGAGAUGAUGCGAGUGAAGCAGACCCAGGACCACAUUAGUUCGGUGAAGUAUAAGGAGGCCAUUGGACAAGGAACCCCAAUCCCUGACCUGCCUGAAGUGAAACGUGUCAAGGAGACACAGAAGCACAUUAGCUCGGUUAUGUACAAAGAAAACUUGGGAACAGGCAUUCCAACCCCUGUCACUCCAGAGAUUGAGAGAGUCAAACGCAAUCAAGAGAACUUUAGCUCGGUUUUGUACAAAGAAAAUUUGGGGAAAGGAACCCCAACGGCUUUCACUCCUGAGAUGGAGAGAGUCAAACGCAAUCAAGAAAACUUUAGCUCGAUUUUGUACAAAGAGAAUUUGAGCAAGGGGACCCCCCUGCCUGUGACUCCUGAGAUGGAGCGUGUCAAACGCAAUCAAGAAAACUUGAGCUCGGUGUUGUAUAAAGAAAACCUUGGGAAAGGAAUCCCGAUUCCCAUCACUCCAGAGAUGGAGCGAGUCAAACAGAAUCAAGAAAACUUUAGUUCGGUAUUAUACAAAGAAAACAUGGGCAAGGGAACCCCUAUCCCUGUCACUCCAGAGAUGGAGCGAGUCAAACACAAUCAAGAAAAUAUUAGCUCGGUUUUAUACAAAGAAAAUGUGGGGAAAGCCACCCCAACCCCUGUCACUCCAGAGAUGCAGAGAGUCAAACGCAAUCAAGAGAACAUUAGCUCGGUAUUAUACAAAGAGAGCCCAGGGAAAGCAACCCCCACACCUAUUACUCCUGAGAUGGAGAGAGUCAAACGCAAUCAAGAAAACUUUAGCUCGGUGUUGUACAAAGAAAAUAUGAGAAAAGCAACUCCGACACCUGUCACUCCAGAGAUGGAGAGAGCUAAGCGCAACCAAGAAAACAUUAGCUCGGUUCUAUAUUCUGAUAGCUUCCGGAAACAAAUACAAGGUAAAGCCGCCUAUGUCUUAGACACUCCAGAGAUGAGACGGGUGAGGGAGACCCAACGCAACAUCUCAACGGUGAAGUACCAUGAAGACUUUGAGAAACACAAGGGAUGCUUCACACCAGUGGUGACUGACCCCAUCACUGAACGAGUAAAGAAGAACACACAGGACUUCAGUGAUAUUAAUUACCGAGGCAUUCAGAGAAAGGUGGUAGAAAUGGGACAAAAACGGAAUGACCAGGAUCAGGAGACUGUUACGGGUUUGCGUGUCUGGCGUACUAACCCCGGUUCCGUUUUUGACUAUGAUCCAGCAGAGGACAACAUUCAGUCCCGAAGCUUGCACAUGAUUAACGUACAAGCACAGCGCCGGAGUAGGGAGCAGUCCCGGUCUGCCAGCGCCCUGAGCAUCAGUGGCGGGGAGGAGAAGUCUGACCACUCAGAAAAUGCCGACCACCGCCUCUCCACCUACAGCGAUGGUGGUGUAUUCUUCUCAGCAACUUCUGCAGCUUACAAACAUGCCAAAACCACCGUGCUCCCACAACAACGAUCAUCUUCAGUCGCCACCCAACAGACAACGGUAUCUUCUAUCCCGUCUCAUCCAUCUACUGCUGGGAAAAUCUUCCGUGCCAUGUAUGACUAUAUGGCUGCCGAUGCUGAUGAGGUGUCCUUCAAAGAUGGUGAUGCUAUCGUCAAUGUUCAAGCUAUCGAUGAAGGGUGGAUGUAUGGCACUGUGCAGAGAACCGGCCGGACAGGCAUGCUCCCGGCCAACUACGUCGAAGCCAUUUAGGCAUAUGAAUGUAUGACACUUGCCUGCAGGCCAAACAGAGUCCACACGUCCCCC